AUCAUAAAUCGUGAAGCACAGCGUUAUAACGACCAAGAUCUACAAAUCAAGCCCUCUAAAACAACCUAAAUGAGCUCUUACUUUGUAAACUCGUUCUCAGGGCGCUACCCAAAUGGCCCCGACUAUCAGUUACUAAAUUAUGGAACUAGCAGCAGCGCUAUGAACGCCUCGUACAGGGACUCCAGCACCAUGCAUUCGGGCUCUUACGGCUACAACUACAAUGGGAUGGACCUGACCGUCAAUCGUUCAUCCAAUACUGGCCACUUUGGGGCUGUUGGGGAUAACUCCCGGGGUUUCCAGUCUCCCGCUCCGGAGACGCGGUUCAGGCAGCCGUCAAGCUGCUCGCUGGCGUCCCCGGAGCCGCUGCCGUGCUCCAACAGCGAGAGCCUGGGACCCAAAUGCUCCUCGCCCCUUUCCGACCAGAGCGCCUGCACGACGGGAAGUAACCUCACCAACACCACACAUUUCACUGAAAUAGACGAGGCGAGCGCUUCCUCCGAGACCGAGGAGGGCACCCAUAGAGCCAGCGGCAACCCCGACGCCCGGACGCAGCAGAAGCAAGAGUCCACAGCAACCUCCACCACCACGGCAUCGAGCGAUGGCCAAGCACCACAGAUAUUCCCCUGGAUGCGGAAACUGCACAUUAGCCAUGAUAUGACUGGACCAGACGGCAAAAGGGCCCGAACAGCAUAUACUCGCUAUCAGACGCUAGAGCUGGAAAAGGAGUUCCAUUUCAAUAGGUACCUUACCCGAAGGAGGAGAAUAGAGAUAGCCCACGCGCUCUGCCUCUCAGAACGGCAAAUUAAGAUCUGGUUCCAAAACCGAAGAAUGAAAUGGAAAAAGGACAAUAAACUGAAGAGCAUGAGUCUGGCUACUGCAGGUAACGCUUUCCAGCCAUAGACGUCACGCAAGUAAAUAAUACACUACGUGGGGUGAAAAGAAUACACACAUUCAAAAUAGUUUUUAAAAACACUAUAACUGAGUACUGUACAACGCGGCAUCUUUUGGCAUGUUGUUGAUGUUUUAGGGCAACUUAACUUCUACUGUUGUACUGCUUCUAUAAAAACAGUUCAUGUUCAUAUGUUCUUGUCUUUUUAAUACAACAGUGAUUAUUGUUUUGAGGUAAAAAAAAAAUAAGAAAAAUAGCUAUCUAUACCGCCCGUUGUUAUUGUUAUAAAUAUCGUUUUCGUGUCAAGUGCUAUGUUACUGCUUUCUUGAAAGUUGGCAUGUGAGCCCUUAAAUGUUAUAACUUAUUAACAAACUAUAACGAAUAUACUUUUGAGUUUACAGCUUUAGAGACUCCUCUGCCCAAAUAUGAAGUUAAGCUAUAUUAAACAGGCCCCUGUAUUGCUUUAGCAGGAGUCUCGGUGAGUUAUAUAUGGUGAUCUUCAUGUUUUCAUACCAUUGUUUGAAUCAUAUCUUUGGAUUUUGUCAUGUGUUUAAAUUACUCAUUUAUUUUUUGAAAAAAAGGAAACUUGUAUAAAAAAACAAACAAAUCUUAACUAGAAUUCCUGUAUCCGUUCAUACGUUUGUAUAGUUAUAUUCAACAUGUAAUUGUAUAUUAUUGGAUCAUGCUUAUGUUCCAGAAAGGAUGUAUAUAUUAGACAUUUUUAAUGUGACCAAUUGGCUAUUUGUAUUGGGCAGAGUGAAUGACAAGUGUGUGGGGGAAAAUGACAAUUGUCAUGUCGGACUGCCUGUAAGCAUUUUGCCAAUAAGCUUUUUGUAUUUGUUUGUAGCUUACCUUGGAGUACAAAAUAAAGUUCCUCAU